GGACUGUCUGUCACCGGACAGGACUGUGCGAAAGCAGAAACGGAGGGUUGAAUUUUUCCUCCUUGGCUGGGCGGUGGGAGGAGGUGUGUAGGGAGGAUCAACUGUGAUUGAAGCCGCCGGAGGGACCAAGAGCUCCGUCUGCUGCUGCUGCUGCUGCUGCUGCUGUGAGCCCAGACAGCAUCAACAUGGAGCUGGAGAAUAUCGUGGCCAACACGGUGCUGCUGAAAGCACGGGAAGGAGGCGGUGGGAACAGAAAAGGAAAAAGCAAGAAAUGGAAGCAGCUGCUGCAGUUCCCCCACAUAAGUUUGUGCGAAGAGCUGCGACAAACCAUUGAAAAGGACUACAGCAGCCUCUGUGAGCGGCAGCCCAUCGGACGGUUACUGUUCAGACAGUUCUGUGAGACUCGACCCGAGCUGAGACGCUGUGUCAAGUUCCUGGAUGCUGUGGCGGAGUACGAAGUGACUCCAGAUGAGAAGAGGAAGGAGUGCGGUCAGGAACUCAUCGACACAUACUUCAAUCCAAAGUCAGAGGACCAUGUGCCUGAGGUGGAGGAGGCUAUGAUGGCUCAGUGCACCGAGAGGCUGCAGGAGGAGGCCUGCAAAGAGCUCUUCAAGGACUGUACCAAAUUGAUCCACGACUACCUGAGCGUGGCGCCCUUCGCAGACUACCUCGACAGCAUGUACUACAACAGGUUCCUCCAGUGGAAAUGGCUUGAGAGCCAUCCAGUGACGAAAAAUACAUUCCGACAGUACAGAGUUUUAGGGAAAGGAGGCUUUGGGGAGGUGUGUGCGUGUCAGGUACGGGCCACAGGGAAAAUGUACGCCUGUAAGAAACUGGAGAAGAAGCGGAUAAAGAAGAGGAAAGGAGAGUCCAUGGCGCUCAAUGAGAAACAGAUCCUGGAGAAAGUCAACAGCAGAUUUGUAGUGAGUUUAGCAUACGCCUACGAGACGAAGGACGCUCUGUGCCUUGUGUUGACCCUCAUGAACGGCGGAGACCUGAAGUUCCACAUCUACCACAUGGGUGAUGCGGGUUUCGACGAGAAGAGAGCCGUGUUCUACUCUGCAGAGAUCUGCUGCGGGCUGGAGGACCUGCACCGAGAACGCAUCGUCUACAGAGACCUAAAACCAGAGAACAUCCUGCUGGAUGACCACGGCCACAUCAGGAUAUCAGACCUGGGUUUAGCAGUUCAUGUGCCAGAGGGACAGAGCAUCAAGGGACGGGUGGGAACAGUAGGAUACAUGGCUCCGGAGGUGGUGAAAAACGAGCGCUACACCUUCAGCCCCGACUGGUGGGCGUUGGGCUGCCUGCUGUACGAGAUGAUCGAGGGCCAGUCUCCCUUCCAGCAGAGGAAGAAGAAGAUCAAGAGGGAGGAGGUGGAGCGGCUGGUGAGGGAGGUGGAGGAGGAAUAUUCAAGCAAGUUCUCCGAGGAUGCCAAGUCCCUCUGUAAAAUGUUUCUGGCCAAAGAUCCUGCAGAGAGGUUGGGCUGCCAGGGAGGUGGAGCCUCUGAGGUCAAAGCCCAUCCCAUCUUCCGUUCCAUUAACUUCAAACGCCUUGAGGCUGGCAUGCUGCCGGCGCCCUUCAUUCCUGAUCCACAGGCCAUCUACUGUAAAGACGUGCUGGACAUCGAGCAGUUCUCCACAGUGAAAGGAGUGGAGCUGGAGCCGAAAGACGAGUCUUUCUACAGCAAAGUGUCCACAGGCAGCGUCUCCAUUCCCUGGCAGAAUGAGAUGAUCGAGACCGAGUGCUUUGCAGAGCUGAAUGUUUUCCACCAGGACGGGAUGGUUCCUCCUGACCUGGACUGGAGAGGACAGCCGUCUCCACCACCCAAACAGGGACUCCUGCAGCGGCUGUUUGGCCGGCAGGAAUGCUGUGGUAACUGCAGUGACAGUGAUGAGGAACCCACCAGGCUGUGACACACACACCCACACACACACACACACACACACACGAUCUCAUUUGUUUACAACUUUUGCACAUUUGUAUUUUUAAGAUAGUACUAUCUCUAAAUGUCAGAAUGUAUAUUUUCAGCAUAGCCAUAAUGUUUUAAUGUUAUUUAAAAAGUUGUGAAAUGUCGUCUGUCGACAUGUUCCAAACGAGGAGACGGAACUUACAGAAGAUGAACAUUUGUUUCUUUCGUUUGCUUUUGUUUAUUUUGUUUUUGUUUGGUUUUUUUGUCAUUUUGCUUUCACACACAUCCACUUAACACACGUCCAUGUAACUGAUGUGGGAGCUGCUGCCGACCGCUGAGCAGCUCCACUGGAACAAUCACCUGCUGUAAAAGUGCCUUGCUGGAGGGCACUGUGACAGUGGUUACUAAAGGAGGACUGAGCAUUCCUCAAUCUCUUUACUUUUCCCCUACUUUGUCCAGGGAAUCAAACCAGUGACUUUCAGCUCAUGAACUGUGACCACUUUUCCUCUCUUGCUCUAUAUUCUGCUGUGACCAACCUCUUUCUUUUAAAAGUGUGAUUUUAAUUUUGCUGUAGGACAUUAUGGUUUUAAAGGGUGAUGCCAGAGCCAUGAAGUUGUCUACAUCUGCAGAUUUUUUUUAUUAAUAGUAUUAUUAUUUUUGUUUAAUUUUUGGAUUAUGGAUUUCUUGAGACAAUCGACUCGUUGUGUCAGUGCGGCUCCAGUUACUCUUGUCAGCUCUGUAAAGAUUGUGUUAUUUUAGAUUAAACUGUUGUGUGGUCACAUUUUACGGAUACUUUACUGUCAGAUUAUGCUGACAGUUAUAAGUUGCUUUUACUAACAUGCUUGUGGCUUUUCGUCAGCUCCAAAAACUUUGCCAUGAUAAAAAAAAAAAAAAAAUCCCAUUUCUGGUCCGCAGUAAACAGCUCACACAUUAUGUUAACGCCACAGUGCUUGAACUGGAAUAGACCAAAUCACAAUGUUUGUUGACGAUAACCCCAGUGUCAGGUACAUAAAAUCAAACACCGCUUAGCAAACGCUGCCUCAUUUGGUUAGUUUUUAGCCACUUAAGAGAAGGUCCAACUAAAAAAUUCAAUAUCAGUUUAAGUAUACGGUAUGUUAAGAAUACUUUCACCACUUUAUGUUACAUCAUACAGCCCCUUCUGACGGGGAACUGAAGCUGUUAUCUCAAAGCCACCAGACACCAUUCAUAAAAACAGUCAUUUUAGAACAAGGAAGUUUCUGCUCCACUGCUUCCUCUAUCAGUAGUUAGUGUGCAAGGUAAAGCAGUGAAAAUAUUCCAAAUAUAGGGUGCACUUAAUGUUGAUUUUUUUUUCUGGUUGGUCUUUUGAGGUGGCUAAAUUAUGUUUUGCUGGGGCUCCUGUCCACAGUGUGCUUGUUAGCUGGUAGACUUGGUUAAUCAAAGAUGACAGCAAAGCAGCAAAGUACAUAAAAUUAGCACAGCAGAAAUGUCAUAGAGGUCGGACCACUUGGUUUGUAUAUGUAUCUUUAAGUGUUACAGUUAUGGCUGAAAAUCUGCUCUAUUCAAAACAAUACAGUGGCCUCCCCAGAAGCGUUUGCGUGACGUCACAGUGAUUCGGUCCAUAAAAACAGGGCUAGUACUCCGAACCAGCAGCCUGCAACACACACACACACACACACACACUUGGCAAAAAUAUGACAAUAUUUGUCUUAAAGGGCCAGUGUGUAAAAUGGGUUGAAAACAGUGACAUGUAGCGUUUAGAUUCUAGAUUGCAGUGCUCACUCGCUCGCCUGUGCUCACCCCUCCCGUCGGCUGAAUUGCUUCUUAUUUUAUUAAUCAGUCUACAAAACAACGCGUUUCGCCCAUGACUUCAUCAGGUUUAUUACACAGUCCACAGCACAGGUGAUUUGAAAUAGGCUGCAGCUGUACUGAAUCCAAUCAGCAGGGUACACAGGAGUAACGUUACUGCUAUCCUAUUGUCUGUUAUGCCUUUGACAUAAGACUAAAAUUUUUGCAAGUGUUUUACAGUAAUUGCUCUACCUGGAGAUGAUGUAACGUUACAAACUCUCCUC